AUGACUUGCUAUGGAAUGCAGAUUCCACUGUGCUUGCUGUGUGGCUAGAAGACCUUCCAAGCGAGGACAGUUCUACUCUGAAAAGCUAUGUCCAGCUUUGGACCAUGGGGAACUAUCACUGGUAUCUCAAGCAAAGCCUGCCCUUCGGCACCAGUGGGAAGAAUGAGAUUGUGUCUCUGCUGUGGGACCCGGUGAUACCGUGCCGGCUGCAUAUUCUCUGUCAGGGCUGGCAUUAUCUAUGCUGUGACUGGCACUGGACCACUGAACGGAGCUCCGGAAAUAGUACCAGUGACAUGGCAAAUGUGGCUGUUAUUGAUGGAAACAGGGUGUUGGUAACAGUCUUCCAGCAGACUGUGAUCCCACCUCCCAUGUGUACGUAUCGGCUGCAGAUCUCACAUCCAGUGAACCAAGUCGUCUUCUGUGCUCACCUCGGAAAGAGCAAUGACCUUGCUGUCCUCGAUGCCAGUAACCAGAUUUCUGUCUACAAGUGUGGUGAUCAGCCAAACAUGGAUCCCACUGUGAAACUGGGAGCUGUGGGUGGAAAUGGAUUUAAAGUUCCCCUUAGAACACCUCAUCUGGAAAAGAGAUACAUAAUUCAGUUUGAGAACAUUGAGGAUGAGGAGGUAAACCCACUGCGACUGAGCUUUCUCACCUGGAUUGAAGAAGACAUUUUCCUGGCCGUAAGCUUCAGCCCCUGCAGCCUGCAGUCUGUCAUUCACCGUAUGACUGUGGCCCCUUCGGAGGUGGAGGUGGAGGACGAGCAAGGACAGCUGGAUGUCAAUUCAUCUGUGUUAGUGGAUGGGGUCGUCAUUGGUUUAUGUUGCAGUUCCAAGACCAAGUCAUUAGUGGCACAGCUGGCUGAUGGCCAGGUGCUCAGAUGCCUUUGGGAAUCACCGUCUCUGACUGUGGAACCAUGGAAGAGCCCUGAAGGACUUCGUGUUCGAUUUGCUCAUCCAUGCACACAGAUGGAAGUGGCCGUGAUUGGGGGGCAGGAGUGUGUCCUUGGUCUGACUGACAGGUGUCGCUUUUUCAUCAAUGGCACUGAGGUUGCAUCAAAUAUCACAUCAUUUGCAGUGUGUGAUGAGUUUUUACUGUUGACAACCCAUUCCCAUACCUGCCAGUGUUUUUUCCUGAAGGAUGCUUCACUUAAAAUGUUACAGGCUGGUCUGUGUGGUAAUAAUGAGGACAAUAGAGAAAUUCUACGGAAAGUGGAGAGGGGUUCACGGAUUGUCACAGUUGUUCCCCAGGACACAAAGCUUAUACUACAGAUGCCAAGGGGAAACUUGGAAGUUGUUCAUCAUCGGGCCUUGGUCUUGGCUCAGAUUCGGAAGUGGCUGGACAAACUUAAGUUUAAGGAAGCAUUUGAGUGCAUGAGAAAACUGAGAAUUAACCUCAAUCUGAUUUAUGAUCAUAACCCUAAGGUAUUUCUUGAAAAUGUGGAAACCUUCGUAAAGCAGAUAGAUUCUGUAAAUCAUAUUAACUUGUUUUUCACAGAACUAAAGGAAGAAGAUGUCACAAAGACUAUGUACCCUCCACCGGUUUCCAAGGGUGUCCAGACAUCCAGGGAUCCUGAUAGGAAGAAAGUUGACCUUAUUUGUGACGCUAUGAGAGUAGCCAUGGAGAGCAUCAAUCCUCACAAGUACUGCCUGUCGAUACUCACAUCUCAUGUGAAGAAAACGCCCCCGGAACUGGAAAUUGUGCUGCAGAAGGUACACGAACUUCAAGGAAAUGAUCCCUCUGUUGCUGAGUCUGUGAGUACAGAGGAGGCCUUGAAGUACCUCCUACUCUGGGUAGAUGUCAAUGAACUAUAUGAUCAUUCUCUUGGGACCUAUGACUUUGAUUUAGUCCUCAUGGUAGCUGAGAAGUCACAAAAGGAUCCUAAGGAAUAUCUUCCAUUUCUUAAUGCACUUAAGAAAAUGGAAACUAAUUACCAGCGGUUCACCAUAGACAAGUACUUGAAACGAUACGAAAAGGCCAUUGGGCACCUCAGCAAUUGUGGACCUGAGCAUUUCACAGAAUGCUUAAAUUUGAUAAAAGAUAAAAACUUGUAUAAGGAAGCUCUGAAGUUAUAUCACCCAGAAUCACUGCAGUACCAGGCGGUCAGUGUUACAUAUGGAGAGCACCUGAUGCAAGAGCAGCUGUAUGAGUCAGCGGGCCUUGUGUUCGCCCGAUGUGGGGCCCACCAGAAGGCGCUCUCGGCGUUUUUGGCUUGCGGCAACUGGCAGCAAGCUCUCUGUAUGGCUUCCCAGCUUCACCCGACCGAAGAGGAGAUCGCUGGCUUUGCCAGAACUCUGGCAGGAAGGCUGAUUGAGCAGAGGAAACACAAUGAGGCGGCCAUAGUCUUGGAGCAGUAUGCCCAGGAUUAUGAAGAGGCUGUGCUCCAGCUGCUGGAGGGAGCUGCCUGGGAAGAAGCUCUGAGACUGGUAUACAAGUACAGCAGAUUGGAUAUUAUAGAAACCAGCAUAAAGCCUUCCGUUUUAGAAGCCCAUAAAAAUUACAUGGCCUUCCUGAACUCGCAGACAGACACAUUCAUUCGCCAUAAAAAACGUUUGCUGGUGGUUCGAGAACUCAAGAAACAAGCACCGCGGGUGCAUGUGGGUCACCAGGUGGCCCAUGCUCCAGAGUCAGAUCUCUUCUCGGAGAGUGGCAGCGAGAUGAGUAGCAGACCGUCCCACAGUACCUCCAGGGUAUCUGCGAGGUCAUCUAAAAACCGGCGCAAGGCAGAGCGGAAGAAGCACAGCCUCAAAGAAGGGGGUCCUCUAGAGGACCUGGCGCUUUUGGAGGCUCUGAAGGAAGUGGUCCAGAGCAUUGAGAAGUUGAAAGAUGAAGUGCACACUAUUUUAAGGGUGCUCUUUCUCUUUGGGUUUGAAGAGCAAGGAAAGGAAUUGCAGAAAGCCUUUGAGAGCACUCUGAAGCUGCUGGAGAAGGCAGCUCCAGAAAUCUGGACUCCGGCCAGCCAGGAGAGUGCAGUCACCUCUGUCCUAGGCCCGAGUUCCACUGUGAAUAGCAUCACUGCCUCUUACCAGCAGCUGCAGCUGCAGCAGCAGCCACAACAACAGCAACAACAACAGCCUUCUGUCCCUGUUCUCGAUGUUGGGGUUUGCGUGCCACCAAAGAUUGACCAGAAAGGCCUGUGGAAGCUGAGCCUGCUGGAAUGACUGGCCUGUUAGGAAGGACCACUGGGAAGACCAUUUGCCCACUCCCUCCUCGUUGUGCUUCUGGCUGUCUCCCCUCAGAGGCCUGGCUGUGAGAACUGGAUAGAAGAUGGACUGUCUUUGAACUGCCUGCAGCUGCUGUGCACACCAGCUUUUAGCUAGCACGCGCACUCGGCAGUCUGGGUCUUAUUUGAGUGUGCAUCUGAAGUACUAUCAGACCUUUGUUUUAGCCGACAUAUUACAGUCUUUUUUUUUUUUAAUUGCUAUUUUUAGUUGGGCAUGGUGGGGCAUGCCUACAAUCCCAGCAACUCAGGAAGCUGAGGCAGAAAGGAUUGGUGCAAGUUUGAGACCAGUGUGGGCUACAGCAGGACCUUAUCUCAGAACAACCCAACUUGCUGUUCUUGUAUUUAGUGCUAUUUGAGAACGUAGUUACUAAAGCAAAAAAUCGUGAACUUACAUCCAGGCUUGGUUUCUCUUGCAACCUUGGACAACUCUCAUUGAUUUGAUCCUCAGUUCCUGUUGUUUAUAGGGAAUGAUAUUUCAUUCUACCUCAAAAAAAAAAAAAUGAAGACAAGUGGAAUCAUGUUUCUAAGUUGUUUUGCAUUGCUAGCAUAGUGUAUUAUAUGAAAACAGGCUGUUAGUGCUGUCAACAUUUAGUCGAUGUGAUUGCAUGCACGGCUGGCAUUUUUUCACCCAACUCCAAACAGAAUAAAAAGUUCAAUGUG